AUGGCCAACAAGUAUAUGUCUGUACUAGAGGGCAUCAUAGGUAGAUGUAAGAAUUAUGACACUUUCAUGAAAUCUUUCGGCAAGGUUAGAGCAGUAGUUGCCGAAGAGGGUAAAGCUAAAAUUGAAUUCGAUGUAACUGAAGAACUUACUAACAAUCAUGGUACUCUUCAUGGUGGAUGUGCUAUGACCAUCGUUGACAUAUGUACCACAACUCUAUGCGCAAUGACACCUAGAGGAGUGACUGGAGUCAGUGUAAAUCUUAAUAUGAAUUAUCUUACGCCUGCUAAAUUAGGAGAGACUGUUGUAGUUGAUGCUCGUAUCUUACGCAUGGGCAACACCAUUGCUUACACUGAAGCUGAGCUUUAUCUCAAAACCAGUGGUAAAAUGGUUGCUAAGGGACUUCACACCAUGGCCUUGCCAAAGCCCAAAAAGUGA